AAAAAUGCAAGCUAUAAAGGAAAAGAUUCAAGAUAUAAAAGAAUCGCGCAAGGCCAAGGCCGAACUAAAGGCUGAAGAAAAGGCAGAGAAAGAACUUGCAAAAGCCAGAAUGGACAUAGCACACGAGGCGAGGCUUGCGAAAGAAGCCGAAGCAGAAAUGGACAGGCAUGUGGCGAAGGCAAGCGAGAUAGCAGAGAAAGAAAUAACAAAGCAUCAAGCUAACAAGUCCAAUCCCAUGGACAUGAGUGGUAUGGACGAUGGUGCUCCACCAGCAUUUGAUGGAGGAAUAAGCAACCGCUCUAAUGCUGGCACAUUGGGAUCACCAGAAAUCAGCGACCCUUGCCCGGCUCCUCCUGCUCUUGCUGAAACAAAAAGUGACCGCUACUUUACACCUGCAGAAACUGCACCCUCUGCUGCUGCAAUGGAAGGACGAAGCGCAAUUGAUCGCCAUCUAUGAUCACACAACUCUGCAAGGACUUCCCCUUACUAGUUCCAAGCUUUUGCAUCUCAAAUAAACUUUCUUGCUUUCUUUUUGUUCUUUUAAAUGCUUAAAGUGUUUA